AUGGACCGCAUAUUUUGGGGCAUAAUGAAGUACAGACAGACGAAUAGGGCAAAGAUGGUUGAGCAGUUCGUUCAGGUGAAAAACAAACCAGAGCCUAAAGCUUUAUUUUUCACUUGCAUGGACAGUCGUAUGUUACCCGCCAGAUUUACUGAAAGCAACGUCGGUGAUAUGUUCAUCGUCCGAAACGCUGGAAAUUUGAUUCCUCAUUCACAGCAUUUCCUGGAUGAAUAUACUACAUGUGAACCAGCUGCCUUGGAACUGGGAGUUAUACACAAUGAUAUAAGACACGUUAUUGUUUGCGGGCAUUCUGACUGCAAAGCAAUGAACUUGUUACACCUACUCAAAGACAUGGAAUAUAGUAGCAUAGUCAACCGCCGAAUGUCGCCGCUCCGAGCAUGGCUCUGUACGCACGCAAUGUCGUCUUUAGAAAAGUACCAACAACUAGAAGGGUCAAGCUUUGACAUACCACUCAUUUUCCAGGCCGAGACGCCUUUGCGGAGAAUUUGUGCUUACAUUGAUCCGGGUAACAAAUUUUCCGUAAUAGAUAAGUUGUCACAGAUUAAUACCUUACAGCAAAUUCAAAAUAUUGCAAGUUACGAUUUUCUUAAGAAGCGUCUAGAGACAUAUGACCUGCAUAUACACGCUCUUUGGUUUGACAUAUAUACCGGCUAUAUACACUAUUUCAGUAGACAGAGCAAGCAAUUCGUAGAGAUAAACGAAAAAAAUGUAGAUAGACUAGUGGAAGAAGUUUCUAAGUAUUAUUGCUAA